AUGGCUAGUGUGUUAGUGAAGAAGGCGGAUAAGGAAUAUGUGGAUGAAAAAGAUAAAGAAAUUAUAGAAAGGGCUGACUGGUACCAUGAAUGGACAUCGAAGAUUUUAAAAACUAAAGCUGAUACAGGAUGGGUUUCAGGAUGUUUAGACCUUAAAGCAGAUAAAACUUAUGUUAACGAUGAGUUAGAUAAAAAGGCAGACAAGAACCAUACACAUACAAGUUUUACAACUGUUGCUAUAGAAAGUAUUGAAGGAACGGUUGACGUAACUGAUGGGGAUGUAUUAUAUUGUAAACCUCCUAACUUUCCACAAGGUUUAACAUCGGAUGACGACAUAACGACGAUGAGAAACAUUAGAUGUAAAGAUGUUUAUGUCAUGAAGGAUGAACAUAAUAUUAAAUUCACUGCUCAAGAUUUAUAUGACAAGAAAGCAGACAAAACAGAGCUUCAAACAUUAAAGACAGAAAUACUUCAAACAUUAUAUCCUAUAGGCUCUAUUUAUACGUCAAUGAACUCUACCAGACCAGAAGUAGUACUUGGUUUUGGAACUUGGACUCAAAUAGUCGACAGGUUUUUGUAUUGUGCAAACUCUUCAAAGGCAACAGGUGGAA